AUGGCUAUCAACACUGCUUCCGACGCUACCCUACUGAGCCUGCCUGUUGAAGUAACGCGCGCAGCCACAGAGGUCGGCGUGACUGCUCCUCGCCACGACGACGACGGCGAAAACCAUUCACGGCGGACAUCCAUGACCCAGGCUGAUUCGAACAGCAAGAAGCCGAUAGCGCUCAAGUCUACAGAAGACGCCACGGCAUGCCAAACCACAAUGACCGCCGCUGUGGCUAGCCCUCGCCACACCGACAGCCACGACCAGAGACAUACCAACGAUACCGAGCAGAACAAACCUACCGAGGUCAAACCAGAGUCGGAGGGCGAGAUACCCGUCAAAGCGAGAAAACCUCUGUCGUCCGCGACGAACACGGUUGCGCGCGACGUGUCUGGCCACAGUGCACGACCGCAGCCACGCAAGGCCCGGAAGGCCCGGAAGAUAGACAAUGUCGAGGACACAGGCGCCAAGGAAGGCUCGCUCUCGGCCCGGCGUGCUACAGGAGUAGAGAGCCUCCCCGCAGAGGUUCUCUGCGAGAUCUUCGCUCUGGCUAUCGCCGACGCUUCGGCAAGGUGGGAAUCAAGCCGAAAGUGUUACGAAGAGGCGGAGCUUUUGAUGAAGGUUUGCGAGCGGUGGAAAGAUAUCAUAAUGGGGAACGGGACGUUCUGGAGCAACGUGGUCGUCAGCGGUGUCACGCCUGACUUUGUCGCUGAGAUUAUCCGGCGAAGUGGCAAGUCGACGCCGCUUUCUGUCCGAGGGAAUCUAGUGAGCGACAGCGAGGCCGACGCGAAGAAGAUCGAAUACAUACUUCGGGAGUCGAAACGGAUCCGGCUGCUGGACGUGGAGAUCUCAACAGGGAACUUGCAGAAGCUGGGCGCUGGCGAGGGUAUGCCGAAGCUCGAGGAGCUCAGAUUGACCAGGAUCGUGGGCUCCGGGGAAGGAGGAGACGAUGACUUGAUUCAGCUCGGUGGCCUCCAGAGCACGCGCCUGAAGAACAUCAGUCUUCGCAAUGUGUCCUUUAAGUCCUACGAGCCGCUGCUCUCCGACGCCGCUACGGAUCUCAUCCUCGACAAUUCUAUGGUGGUACUCACCACGGAUGAUCUCCUACGUACUCUUGACGCUGUUCCGAGUCUUCGGUCGCUCGAGGUCUUGUCAAGCAUAGAUGCUCGACCUGUUUCACCUCAUCCCGUGAUAUCUCUGUCGAACUUGGAACGAAUAGCGGCGGAUCCGAUAGAAGUCGAGGACGUCCGGUUCCUUGGCUACAUCCGCACUCCACGGCUUACACAAGCUGAUUUUUCGAUCCUCUCCAAAGACGACGAGACGGUACUUCCAGGAAUCGUGGAGCUCAUUGCGCCGAUAGUGAACCAGGCUGCGGGGGACAACAGCUUCCACGCCUGCCGGUUCCGCGCCCGUGAUAAAUAUUCUCUGGAGUUGGACUUUGCGCGAAAGAUGGGCGACUUCGACAGAUCUCCAAACACCCCGAUCAUCCACCUGGAGUUCGACAACAUGCAGUUGAAAGAGAACUUCCUGCCAAAGAUCAAGGAUUACCUUGGCGACUCUUUGAGUGCGGUCCGUGAUCUCAAGAUCGUCGACGGCGAGUACGCGACUGGGACCCGCAAUGACUGGACGGCAUUAUUCGAGCAGAUGCCUGAGGUGCGGACCCUCCGAUUGCAUGAUCGCACCGCCAGAGUGGUUUCAUCCGGUUCCCUGGAAGCGGGGGACCCUGCCAUAUUUCCGAAGCUGGAAUCCGUGACUGUGGCGGGCAGUACCAGGGGGCGACUGCUGAGAUUAUUUAAGCACCGCGACAACGCACGACGAAUGAAUAACCUCACUAUUUCUGAUGUAGCCGAUGUCACUCGGGGUGACAUUGAUUCACUGGCCGACAUCGCUCAUAACAUCUCAUGGGACGGAAUGGUCAUCAAGCUACCUCGGCAGGAGCGUUCGCGGGCGAGAGACGAGCUGAGCAAAGGGGAGGUCGGAGGGGGCGUACAGGGUUUCCUGUAA